GGUAACAAUAACUUCACUUGUAUAUAGGACGGACAUCCGAAGACAUCUUAUAGCUGAGGAGAAGACAUGGAGGCAAGAUGCUCAAGAGUCAUCACCGACGACGACCUUGAGAAGUUCCGCCAUCAGCUGUCUCGAUAUGAGAUGUGCAGUCUGAGGAUCCUCUACGACUACUUCUGGAAUGACCUGAAACACAUAGUGGAGAUUUUGGACACUCAAAACCUCUUGAGCGAGCUGAAUUCCCGAAAUGUGCCCCUGGAGCCGGAUUACCUUUUGAUGGAGAAAACAUUAGGAGCCCCUGUACUUUCUGAAUGUCUGAUAAAAGAUAUUAAGAACAUGGGUCGAGAUGCCGUUCUGGCCCUAUGGGAAAGCCUCUACGUCCUACAGAAUUAUUCCCAGCAUCCUAAUCUCAUUGCAAUAUUGAGUGAAUUCAACCAAGGUGAUUCCCUAGUGUCCCUGAUCAAUCUGGAUGAAGCGGGACAUGAAUUACGUCAACUAAAUGAUAUCCAUAAUCGACACAAGAAAAACCUACUGGAAAUAACCAUGAAUUUAGAGGAACACAGAGCACCGGGACUUGUGGAGCCGAUACGGAGCUGUAACAUUUCGUCUGGCUACUUGGACCUAGUUGUCGUCUCUACUCAUCAGUUCAGGAAUAGUUCACAACAUGAGAUCAUAGAAACUGGGGGGAGACAUGAGCAUUAUCUGAGAAAGAAGUACAGCUCUAUGGAGCGGAUCUCCUCUAACAGGCUGUUCCGCUGGUGCCACCGAUCUGCUUGCAUACCACACGCCGUCAUGAUGGUCGGCGUACCUGGAGUUGGGAAGACCACGCUAAUGCAAAAGUUUGUCUAUGACUGGGUGAAUGGGAAACAUUAUCAGAGGUUUUCUUUUGUUUUCUUCUUUAAAUUUAGGGAUUUAAAUAGAUACGAUGAGAUCAGUUUGGAUAAGAUGAUCCUUGAACAAUAUCCAGAUCUACAUAGCCAACUGGACAACAUCUUACGGUAUCCAGAACAGCUGCUCUUCAUCUUCGAUGGUCUAGACGAAAGUGUUCACAACAUUGAGUUUGGGCCACAAAACAUAUGCUUUAACACCAAAGAGACGGUCAACCUUGGAGUAGUUGUGGUUAGUUUGGUGAGACAAAGUCUUCUCAAAGGGUCUUCGAUACUCUUGACCAGUCGACCAACCAAACUGGCUUCUGUUGACAUUGGUAUUUUUCAAAGGGUUUCUGAGAUCAUGGGCUUCUUCCCCAACGAGAGAAAGAUGUACUUUGAGCAAUUUUUCCAAGAUAAGGAAUUGUCGGAAAAGGCCUUUCAGUAUGUGAGAGAGAACGACACGUUGUACACGUUCUGUUAUAUCCCAUCAUACUGCUGGAUCGUCUGUACAGUAUUAUUCAGGUCCAAGGCGAUAAAUAACGAUCAACAGAGCUCAUUUAAGCCAAAAACAGUGACGCAACUUUUUGUGUCUUAUGUGGCCAACAUCCUUCUUAACCAUUGCACGGAUACUGAAAGCCCCAUGGAGCUCAUGAAUUCCAUUGGUAGGAUGGCACAACAUGGCAUAAUGAAUCGCAUUCUUACUUUUGAUAGUAAAGAUUUUGAAACAUUUGAGGUGGACAGUACGUCAAAAAUACUAUCCGCUUUUGUAAGUGAAACCUAUCGCAAUCCUACUACCACUACCUACUCCUUCCUACAUCUCACCCUUCAGGAGUUCUUCUCGGCUUUAUCACACUUCUUGAACUAUUCUGAAAAGGAAUUACUAUCAUCACUUGAAAGAGCACGAUCAUUUUCGGAUGGUCGCGGUGAGAUGUUCCUCCGAUUUCUCUGUGGCCUCUCCGAUGGUACAACUAUAUCUCCUCUGAGGAGUCACCUAGAUGGUAAACCUUCUGCUUCUGAGACGGUUAUUAGAUGGCUCAGCCAGGAAGUUAAAGAAAGGUGGAGGCCGGAAGCAGAUCCUCGCGAGAUAAUGAACAUACUGACGUAUCUAUUUGAGUCUCGCAAUGAACAACUUGUCCAUAGUACAAUAGGGUCUCAUGGAAAACUGGACUUUUCAGAAUGCCACCUUACCCCUGUGGACUGCACCAUCUUGGCCUUUAUCCUCAAAUCCUGUAGAGAAACUGACAGCCUCAACCUAGACAGAUGUUUCAUUCAAAGCGAAGGCUUGGAAAGACUAUCUGGAGUUCUACACACAGUUACGGAACUCAGGCUUUCAAACAAUGACCUGAAAGACAGUGAUAUGCAGAUAAUUUACAAGGUCAUAACUCCCCAACACUCCAGGGUAAAAGUACUGAGAUUGAGGAAUAACUCCUUAACAUGGGCAUCAUGCUCUGCAUUGGCAUGUGCAUUAAGUGAGAACAGGGGCCUGAUGGAACUCAAUGUGUCCCGGAACAAUCUGGCUGGUCCAGAAUUCUCCGAUUUGAUGACAACUCUCUCCUGUCCAACCUGCACCAUAUCAUGUUUGUCUCUCAGUCAGAUAAAACUCACGGAUGAAUAUGUUCCAUACCUGAUGUCCCUGUCCUCGAACCCAAACCUCACCCACCUCGACCUCAGCCAUAAUUUCCUCACGGACGUCAGCGCUCAACAUAUCCAGGAUCUGAUACUGAGUUCACCAAACCUGAAGGAAAUAAGGAUUGAGGUAAAUGAUAUCACGAAGGAAAAAGAAGGAUUUCUGAGACAACUAACAGCCCUGAAGCCUGGUUUGGCCAUCAUUGCUUAAUAUACACAGAAGAAGAAGGCGCCCAACAAUGUAAAUGCGGUUACUGAUGGACUGGAGGGGGUUAACUCCAUUCAAGUGGAUGGGAGAGAACUGUAGAACUGUCAUGGCUGAUCCAACCUGCACAGUUGUCAACAGUCCUGAGAAAUGGAAGGUGCGGACGGAUGUAGAGGGGCGGAGUCUGGAUGGGCACCGGUAACGGACUGAAGUUUCUUAGGCCCACGAAUGGAAAUGAUCCUGAGGGCUCAGCCUCCAUCUUUGCAGAAGAUAUAAAGGUCCAUCAGAAGGACACAACCUCUAUGAGGUCUAAUCGGUUAUUUGUGAUCAUCCCAUAAGAUAUAGGGGGAGAUUUAUGAAAACCCAUC